CAUCUACACAGGCGAAGCCCUCCCUCCCUCCCGGGUUAUGCUGGAAGUUUAAUUGCAUUCACUUUGUCAACAUGGUGACUAAAUCUUUGCUGUUAUUGGCUGCUCUUUGGACUACGAUAGUAAAUGCAGAAACCAUGGAGGAAAUGAUUAAGUGGAAUCCGCCCAGAAAUAUUUUGAUUGCCCACGGAAAUCUCGGAGAGUACACCGUGUCUUGGGAAGGACAAUGCACGUGUACAGGGAGCAUCAAAUACCAACUAGAAUACACCUACCUCGAUUUAAAAGACCCCGAGAUGAUGACAUACUUUGUGCAAAAACAUCAAAAGAGGCUGGAUUUGGAAUUACACCGAGGACUACAUACUCGAGUGAGGCUUAAAAAUAAAGAAAUAACUAGCCGUUGGACUGAGAGAAGGUUUGAUAUGUCAGGUGAAUUAUUCGCCUCAGUUGACAACUUGAUUUGCAUUUUCUAUGGUAAGCUGUACAUGAACUGCAGUUGGGAUGUUACCGAACAUGCAUCGGAGGGUGCACAAUUCAUUUUGGCCUACAGGGAGCAAAACCCAUCCGAUGUGUACAACUGCGCAGAUUACCUGGUGGAUGGAGGGAGGAACAUUGGCUGUGUCAACGAAAAUAUUCGCAUUGAUGAUACCAUCGAGAUUAUCAUCUGUAUCAGUGAAACGAACAUGGACGCCAAAUUGCCGUAUUGCAGAAUAGUGAACCCAUUCAAUUUCUUUAAACUCGACAGUCCAAUAAAUGUCAUGAUCGACAAAAGCACGGAUGAGGUCAAAUGGACACUUCCAAAAGUUGAUUUAACUACCGAUUGUUACACGUUUCAAUUAAACUGCACAAAUUUGAAUGAUGGAAACACAUUGCUUCAAAAUGUGACUUCCACAAAUCAUAUAAUCACCAGGGAUCACACAAAAAAAUAUUCACUGCACGUGAGAGCAACGGUGAACGAUAAAUGUUUUGAAAGCCAUAUCUGGAGUGACUGGAGCAAACCACUUGUUAUUGAUCCUGAUGGAAGGGAUAUGUCUUUCCCAACAAUUGUGGCAGUGGUUGCAGUGAUUCUCGUCGCACUCGUGUUGCUCCUAGUUUUGGUCUGCAUAAAAAAUGGAUUAACAAGAGUAUCCAGCUGACGAAUAAAGCUGAAGACAGCUCGUUGACCACUGCAAAAGAAUUCCAAGAGCCUUAAAAGAGACGUUGACACAUUCCCUUCUGGUUUCAUCAUCGGCAAACCGUUGGUCUUCAUGGAGGAGGAAGAGGGAGUUCUAUUUAAAUGGAGAAUGCAACCGAAAAUGAUUGUAGUUCGUGAAACGUUACUUUCUGCCAGUGGGCGUGUGUAGUAAUGGCCCCACACUGGACUUUCCAAUGAGCACAGGACUUUGGAUGAAGUUCGCUGAAGUAUUAACAAGUAGAGAGGAGAGAGACACACACAGUUGGAUUCUUCUUUCCACAAAACUGUUUACAAGGAUUUUCAAUUCAAGAGUCAAGAGCGUUUUAUUGUCAUAUGUCCCAGAUAGGACAAUGAAAUUCUUACUUGCAGCAGCACGACAGAAUAUAUAGACAUUGUACACUGUAUUCAAUUUAAAUAAAUGAGAAAAAAAAAGUUCAGUGUGUGUACUCACACACGUACACAUACACAACAAACAGUCACAACACACACAAUGGACAGAUGCCCAGAACAUUUUUCCCAGGGUUGAAUGAAGAAGGUCAAAGACUGGAGGGCAUAGCGUUAAGGUGAGUUAGAGGGGCAAUGUUGAAAGGAGAUGUGCAGGGCAUUUUUGUUUACAUAGUGGAACGGGCUGCCAAGGAUGGUGGUGGAGUCAGGUACGAUGGUGGGAUUUCAAUGUGGAAACUGGCCCUUCGGCCCAACUUACCCACACUGGCCAACAUAUCCCAGCUACACUAGUCCCAUCUGGUCCAUAUCCCUCCAAAUGUGUCCUAUAUGUGUACCUGUCUAACUGUUUCUUAAACGUUGGGAUAGUCCCAACCUCAACUACCUCCUCUGGCAGCUUGUUCCAUACACCCACCAAGUUACCCCUCAGAUUCCUAUUAAAUCUUUUCCCCUUCACCUUGAACCUAUGUCCCCCGGUCCUCGAUUCCCCCACUCUGGGCAAGAGAUCCUGUGCAUCUACCAGAUCUAUACCUGUCAUGAUUUUAUACACCUCGAUCAGAUCACACCUCAACCUCCUGCACCCCAUGGAAUAGAGACCCAGCCGACUCAACCUUUCCCUGUAGCUCAGACCCUCUAGUCCCGGCAACAUCCUCGUAAAUCUUCUCUGAACCCUUUCAAGCUUGACAAUAUCUUUCCUAUCCAUCAUGUUUCUUUUCUUUCUCAUCGAUAGGCGAUUAUCUGUUACCUGCCAUGCUUUGUCCUGCCUCUCCUCUCUUCCAGCUUUCUUUCCCCCUCUCCACAAUCCUUCCCUCUCAACUUAAUUCUCCUGCCUCUUCCCCAUAACCCCUGACACCCGUACUAAUCAACAAUUUCUGAAUCUCCAACUUAAAAAUAUCCAUUGACUUCUGUUGACACUCCAAAGACAUGCCGGUUUGUUGACUGGUGGCCCCCCUGUAAUAUUGUCCCCUAGUGUGUUGGGAGUGGAUGAGAAAGUGGGAUAACAUUGAAGUGAUAUUUAUUUAUUAUUUGUUUAUUUGUUCCGAACAAGUAAAGACAUAAAUAGGAAUAAAUAACAACGACAAAAUCGAAAUAGUCGAACAAUUGGACAUUCCAGGCAAUAUUUGCAAAGCAAUGAAAAGCAUCAAGCAAAAUUUAAAUGUCCAACAUUUUUUCUUUACAAGC